AUGGAUGCGAAUGGUUACACUGUUGCUGGUUUGAAGGAAAUUCUUGAAGAGAAUAAUAUUGAAAUUCCUAAAGGAGCCCAUCUAAAGGCUCAUCUUGUUAAACUCUACGAAGAACAGAUAUUGAAGAAGAAGAGAAAACCACGUCCAACACGUUCAUCAUCAAGAAUUAAUAAUGUUGAUGAUAGCAACAUAUUAAUUCCUUCAUCAUCAUCAGCACCAUCAGCACCGGCAUUGACACCGUUCAAUAGUAGUAUGCAGAUAAGUGAUGGUGCUACUGUGGAGAAACAACAACAUCAAGUGAUGAUAUCAACUUCAAUGAUGGAUAUUUCACUCUCAUCGGAUAAACCUAUUUCUUGCUUGGUUAAUGUUGAUGGAGUUACUUAUUCUAUCAAACCUAAAGUUAAUAUUCAACCACGACAGGAAUUAUUUAAUAAUUUUAAUACUAUUACAACUAGCAAUAACAAUACAAUUAGUAAUAAUGAUAAUAGCAUUGGCCUGAAUACUAUUCAAGCUGAUAAUACUACUAAUAGGGUUAAUAACACUAAUACUAUUACAAAUAGCAACAGCAACAAUACAAUUAGUAAUGAUAAUAGUAUUAGCCUGAACAAUAUUCAAGCUGGUAAUAGUACUAACAAUGUUAAGUUUAAUAAUAAUACUAAUACUACCAAUGACACUAAUACACAAGGUACAACUACUAGUUCUGACGCUAUAUAUGCAAACACUCGAAUCAAACUUGAAAAUGAAGAUAAGGAAUCAGAAACUAUUGUAAAGAAGACUAAAAUCAAGUCCGAUGUGGAAAAUAGAAUUACAAAACCAAUCAAAUUGAGGAAAAGAGUAAAGAAGCUCCGAGCUAGAAUAAAUAGUUCUGAUUAA